GACCCAAGCUUCAGGCUGCGGCACUUCCGCUAGGAAAGAUGGCGGUUCGGGACAAGGCUGGGCAAGAGAUGAGUCUAGCGGCGCUGCGCCAGUCUGACCCCUAUAUUAGCAGCAUAGUGGAUGUCACUGGGCACGUGGCUCUCUAUCGCUUCAGCCCAAAGGCCAAUGAGUGGGAGAAGACUGAUGUGGAGGGGACCUUGUUUGUGUACACAAGAUCUGCCUUCCCGCACCAUGGGUUCACCAUCAUGAAUCGACUAAAUAUGCACAACCUGGUGGAACCCGUGAACAAGGAUCUAGAAUUCCAGCUGCACGAUCCUUUCCUGCUCUACCGAAAUUCCAGCUUGGCCAUUUACAGCAUCUGGUUUUAUGACAAGAGCGACUGCCAGCGGAUAGCAAAACUGAUGACGCAAGUGGUCCAGCAGGAAUUGGAAAGAGCAAAGACCCGGAAAAGCCCAAGCGCUGUGAAUGGCUGCACAGACCAACCCAUAGACAUUCUGGAGAUGCUGAGCAAGGCCAAGAAUGAAUAUGAACAGGGCCAGGGGCUGAAUGACAGUGGAAAUGGAUCUUAUUCCGACAAGUCAAACUAUAAAAAGGCUGAUAGUUUAGAGACAUCUGAAAACUCUGCCUCUACACAAGAAAAGGCUGGGCACAAACAUCUGACAGUUGAAGAAUUGUUUGGAACCUCGUUACCAAAAGAGCAGCCGGCCAGUUGCUUCCCCAGCUUGGAGACGAGAGACAGAAGGCAUCAGUUUUAUGCACCGGCCCCCCACGAGCAGCCAAAGCCAGUGGUAGUGAAGGCAGGUUGUGCUACUUUCAAUGCAGUUGCCAGUGACUUUAGCCACCCUGCUUGUAUGGCACCCGCAGUGUUUGCCCACGGCACAGUCCCACCCCAGGCAUCACAGACAGUGGCAAACUUAAUGUGUUUAAGUCCCAGUCUCGGUAUCACAUCUGCCCCAGAAGCCCUAAGUUCCUCUCUCCCACUCUGUUCCUGUAACCCCCCCAGUCUGAUAAAUGCCCUUCCGUCUGCCCCUGGGCAAGUCUCACCCCUCGACCGGCAUCUCCUUCUCCCAACUGUCAGCUCCAGUAGUGUUGGAAACUCUUCCCAUUCUGGUGCUGAUCUUCUCCACAAGCUCAAGCUGAUUCCACACACAGACCAGCUCCAAACACAGCCCUUGGGCAAGGCCUCCAUAGCACCCAAGUUCUCUUCUGUACUGGGCCAGCUUGCUACCCCCGAGAGCUUUAAAGGAGGUAUAAUGAAGCCUGUUCCAAGCACCAGCCUAGUUAUAGCACCUCAACAGAAUGUAGUUGACAAGAAAGAGUCUGAUAUUCUUCCCCAGCCCAAGUGCUUAACCAAGGUGGUGUCGGCAACUCCAUAUGUAACUCCCAUGAGCACAGUUGGCCCCUCAGUCCUCAUGUCGCCCAGUGUCUUUCAUCCGUCAGUCCGAGAAGAAACUGCCAGAAUGUCUCCCAUUGACUCAGCCUUAUCUGAUUCUUCAAAGUUUGUCCUCCAAAGAUCCCAGCUCCAAGAAACUCUAAUCCGUUUCAUAAAGACUGAUUCCGGCUUUCUGAAUUCACUUCACGACGUCUAUUUACAGCUUUACGCAAAGAGUGCGGAUAACGGCAAGUUAUAGUGAUGAACCGAGAGUCCUCAUGAACCAUGAAGCCCUGCAAGACGCACAGACACUGACUGAAGUUGCCCUUAAAUAUUACGCCUCCAAUCCCUCAUCCAAUCAGCUGCUGCAACUGCAGGGAAUACAAACUGAUUGGACCGCACUGCUUCCACCUGAUCAAGGUUUUGUGACUUCAUUUGGGGACUGGGAUUUAUUAAUUGGACGCUUCAUAUAAAAAUACUUCUGUUUGCUGAUAAAUGGGCAGAAUCACCAGUUUGUUUUCUCUCUAGAUCUUUACCUGGUUAGUGGCAGAUGAGACCUGGUAAUGGUGCGGCUCAUGUCGGUAGGGAAAGACGAGCGAUUGGGACACAAUUGCAAAGGUGGUUUUUUAGAAUUUUAUUUAUCGCAGUGAAAAAGCAAAAUAGAUUUAGGGUAAGGGCACACGGGCAGAUUCGGGGGGUUUUGGUCACCCCGGUGUAAAAUCUCUUUUUCGGGGAAACAAUAUCCCUGAACUGUUUUCCCCUACCUUCCUGAUGGCUAGAAUUAAAAAUCACCAGUGAGAUGGCACUUGCGGCUCUUCGUUUUCUGAAGUCGCCCGAAGUUUCCUGGUGAGGCAACUUCGAAAAACGAAGAGCCGCAAGUGCCAUCCCGCUCCUGUUUCCUAAAACAUUAGUAAUUUGGGCCAUGGGCCGAAACCCUUAUGUGAAAAACAUAUUUAUUGGGUAAAAACCUGAUUUGGAAACUUUGUCCACUUGAUUUUAAUUCAUUCAGAUUUGGUUUUAAGCUUUGUCUUCGUCACCACUCAAAAUGUGUUUUAUUUUAACUUCUGGAAAUGCAGAAUUUUAAAACCCAAAACUGAUCAGGACCCGUUUCCAUAGGAAACUGGUUUUUUUUUUCUGGCAGUUUGGUCCAUGUACAGCAGCUCAGUGAUAGUAAAUGGAAGGAUUCUGGCAUUUCUGGCUCAGUAGAGAUCCCCCGAAAAUCUGCAUUUGUUCUUGGGCAGAGGCUUCCUCUCGCUCUGCUGUUUGUGUAACUAAGGGAAGGAGGGAUAGCAACUAAUUCUACUUAUUAUAGUCCUGACUUUGGGAGUCUGUCCAUUUUUUUAAAUAUCUAAUAUGGAAGGAGGGGGGGGGGGAAUGUACAAACUAGGAGCUUUCAGGCCAAAAUAUGGUACUUAAAUACAAGCAUACAAAAGCAGACCAACUGCAACAUUCCUUUAUUAUUGUGUAGAAAAGGAUUGCUACACAAUGGCUGCCUCUGACCUGAAAGCAAUAAUCUUUUAAGCCAGUUUAUUGAAGCCAAGGCUGUCGGUGUCCUCAGUUGAGAAGGUGAGUGUUGAAGUUGAGCUGCUCCGUCACAGGAAUGUGUGUGUGAAUAUUCAUUUAUCAAGAAAAAGAGAUGUGCAAAUCUGCGAUUAUUUUGUGUACCCAAAACUUUGGGGCAGAUUUAUCAAAGCUCGAAUGUUAGUUUUUUGGUUUUUUUUAUUCGAAUGACCUUGAAAUUUCGAAAAGUAUCUUGUUUAUAGGGUUGCACCAAAUCCAGGAUUCUGCGUUUUUCAGCAGGAUUGAGCCGAAUCCUUCUGCCCGGCAGAUCCAAAUGACUUUUUGUCACAAAACAAGGAAGUAAAAAAUGUAAAUUAGGAUUCGGUUCGGAUUCGGGCAAAUCCAAAAUAGUGGAUUCAGGGCAUCCCUACUUGGGGAUAUGGAAUAUCUAAAACUCGAACGAAUAUUAACGACCCAAAAACUCAAAUUGAAUUUGACUAAACUCGAAUCGAGAAAAAAACGGAAAUGUCAGGAAGGCUAAUAACGUCUUCAAAUGGGUCACUGGACAUUGACUUGUACAAUUCGGCAACUGUUGUUCCCAGAGUCCAGCUAUGAGAAAUCUCAAUAUUCCCAACACUAUUUUGUGAGUUUUCACCAAAAAUCCAAAUUUGAAAAUUAGAAUUUUCAAUUCGAACCUUAAUAAAUCUGCCCCUUUGUAUAUCGGGAUAUUGGGGCUGAAUGGAGAAGCCAUACGAUCCCACCUUUUAACAACGCCGUGUUUAAUUUUACUCUAUUUACACGUGACUGGGGUAUUUAUAUGUAUUAUAUGUAUUAUAUAUAUAUAUAUAUAUAUAUAUAUAUAUAUAUAUAUAUAUAUAUAUAUAUAUAUAUAUACUGUAUAGUGCCCCCAGUAGUAUGGAUGCGGGGGUUUCUAUGUGACUGUAAUCAGGGGUGUAACUAUAGAGGAAGCAGACCCUGCGGCUGCAGGGGGCCCCAUGAGGCCCUAAUUCAUAUAAAAUUUCAAUAAAUAUUGGAGAAACAAGUCAACCACAAAACAUUUUGGGGGCCUGAAAAAUAAUUUGCUGUGGGGCCCAGUAAUAUCUAGUUACGCCACUCACUGUAAUAUAAUCAUGUUUGCACAUUUUGCUUUAAAUGCCCCCAAACGUGUGUGUACACUGCAAAUCUAUAUUUUUUUUAACAAAGUUCCUAUUAAUAAAUAUUUCAGCAUCUACAGAA